AUGUAAAAAAAACAACACAGAGAAAAAAGCAAGAUGGCGGACUUCAGCUUCGAUUCUUUAUAAAAUUCUGUAAAGUGCUCGUUUGCAUGUUAUUAUAUUCAAUUCCUAGGUACUAAGUCAUCAAAAAAGAACAAAUUUCUGGUGAAUGGUUCUUUGUUCAGUGUAGAGCAUUAUUUAUGUGUACGACAAGUAACUUUCACUAUGAGUGAAACUGCCAACAGUGAAGGUGCUUUAGAAUCGGAGAAGCCGGUUCAGAAUGAUGAUGUACAAUUUCCGCCCUUCCCUGAUCCUAAAGAUGAUGAUUUCGAUGAUGAUAUUGCGGAAGAUGAAAGAAAUUACUAUAGAACAAUCUUUAAAGACAUUAACCAAAUAAAAGGUAUGAGAUUACAUUGUACGGCUUGUGACCGUCACCUGGGGUGUGCACCACGAAACGAAGUGCGUAUGCGAGCUCAUCCGAUGUUACGCACUUUAGUUUGUCACAACUGUCACGUCUUUUAUAAUAGUGGGGAAUUUGAAAAGGGAGAUGAUGGAUCAGAACUCUACUGUAGAUGGUGCGGCCAAGGUGGUCAAGUAUAUUGUUGCUCUGACUGCCCUCAUGUAUUUUGUGCGAAAUGCAUCAGACGUAAUUUGGGAACACCCAAAAUAAAAGAAAUUGAAAAUACGGAUGAUUGGAAAUGUUUUAAAUGCAAUAACAAUUGUUUGUGGGAUCUACGUGCAUUAUGUUGGGCUGUCUUGCGCUUCUGUGACCUUAAAAAUAAGAUAGUACACCAAACACAAGAUACCCAACUGAAAGAAGCAUAUAAAAAGGACUGUGCUAUCGACUAUUCUGAAUGUUGUAAAGCAAAAAGCAAUAAAAGAGUACAAAAGAUAGAGUCCAUAAAGAAGAAGGAAAUUAAAAAAGAAAUAAAGAAGGAAGUAGAGCCCAAGCCUCCUCUUAAUAUUAUUUCUAAAAUCCCAUCUACAAUACAGGUGAAAAAGUUUGCCGCUGUAAAUAUAGAAGAAUGUAAAUCUGAGAAAAAACCUCAAAAACGAUCAAUGAGUCCAAAAAUCAAACCAGUUACAGCAAAGACCUCAAUGAAUACUGCACAAACUACAAGACUGUUGAACCCUCUCACAGCUCCACCACUAGCAAAAAAGAUGAGGCUACCAAAUUCACCCAUGAUGAGUACUCCAGUUCGAGUAACUGACCGGAACAAUAUAACUACAUACAGUCGCAUCAGGCCUAAGCCACCUCAUCCUAUUGCCAUCGCUAAUUGUAGUUUCAAUGGCUUUGGUGCGAGUUUAUUUAGUACUGACAAUAUAAAUUUAUCUAUAGAAAGUUUAACACAGGGUUUAGACAUGUCAGCUGUAGCUGCUUUAACUCAAAAUUCUCAGGAUGAUGAUGUUGUAUGCACUCCAGAUUUUCCCCUGGAACCUUUGUGUGAGGUUACAGAAGACAACGAUGAUGAUGUCCAGUGCAUAACUCCUGGUCCAGUUGUACCUCCAAAAUUUGUUAAUCCUCCUCCAUUAGUACCCCGAAGUUUAAAUAAUUUAUCAACAGAAAUAACAGCAGACAAUAUCAUUCAAAUGACGGAUAAUGAUGUUACCGUUAAUGCAGCUACUGGAGGACUGAAAUUUCGUGUGGAUCCACAAACUUUGUCAUCUAACAAAAUGUAUCGGCUGCCUGAUGGACGUAUAUUUGCAAUUAACGCCAAUCCAUCAAUGCCUGGAGGUUAUUCUGCUACUAUAGUAGCGGUCACUGAGCCCACUACUGGUAAGGCAGUGCCUAAGGGCGCAACAUUUGCAGCAAAACUUAGUAGUGUAAGUACGUCAACUCCUACACCUACUCCUAAACCAACUCGGAAUAUUCCUCGCAUUUUGAAACGAAGUACGCCAAAGUCAGCGACUGCAAGAAAAUCGUCAGAAUCUUCAUCUAGAGAAUGUGAUUUGAAUGUGCCUGUCGAGUGGUAUAGAUACAAUUUAAUAGAUGCGGUUGACGCUUUGGAAUAUGCACUGUCAAGGCUUCACAAACUGAAGAAAGAAACUACUACCGUCUACUUGCGGACACGCUCUGUUAAUGAAAUGCGUAAUCUCCAUCGGACAUUAGACCGAUUAUUGGGUACGUCAUCCAGCAGAUUUGGUGAAAUACGUGAAAAUCUCAAUAAAGGAUUAAAACAGUAUGUUCUCCGUAAGUCUGGUAGUAAUGCUAACAAUAGUGAAGACGACGAUGACGUUGAAAUAUUGCCCGAUUUGGAUAACGAUGAUCCAAUAUUUAUAGACGAAAACUCAGUAGAAUCUACUAUGAACGGUAGUGAAAACCAAGAGGUGGAUUUGACGGGUGCUGGUAGCAGUGAGUACAAUGAUAGUGGGGAAAAUAGUAAAGCUAACAACUUUUCCAAUAUUGUAAUUGAUUCCUCUGAAAUUGACAAUGAGAACAGAGAACACGGUGAUGUACUAGCAGUCUUAAGUCACAAUGUGCAUGCCACAGAAAACGUAUUAACAAGGCAAGACUGUGAUAAUGUAAAAGACAGUGAUUUGGAGAAAGUAAAAGAAUUAAAAUCUGAGGGCAAAGUAAACGAAAACAAAGAUACUGAGUUAAUUAAUAGUGAGAACCAUGAUAGUGAAAAUGAGUCUGAAAGUAAUGCUCGGGAAAGUAAAUUGGAUAACAAUAUAAAAAUACAUCGAACCGAGAAAGUAAGCCAUGAAGAAUCUAAUGAAAUAAAAGGAAAGGAAAACACUGACAUAAAUAUUGGAAGUGAAACUGUGAGCAAAGAAAGCAUCAUUGCUAAUAAUGGCAUGGAUGAUGGUGCCAUAACACUGACAUGCAACGAAGUGGCUAUUGAGGAUGAUAAUGAAGGAAAUGAUAAUAAUGAUAAGGAAGCUUUACUCAAACAAGAUGAGAAGGUUGAAAGUGAAAAUAUAGAAGAUGGUAUGAAUCAUAAAGAUUUAAAUGAAAAGGCUGAUAGUCAAGAUAGUAACGAUAAAGUCCAAGAUAUUGAAAUGAGUGAAGAGAUGAUUGAAACAUUACUGAAAGACGAUAAUUUAGUUGAUGAAACAGCAUCAAAUUUAAAAAGUAAAGAUGUUGCAGAAGUACUGAAAGAAACCUAAAUAGUGUACAUUUUAUAUUAUCUUGUAUUGGAUAAGUAAAAUAAUAUACCUACUAAUUAAACAUAAGAUAGGUAAAAUACAAUAGGUUAACUGUGUUAAUAACGUAGUGGUCAAGAUUUUACUGUUAUACUUAUUCCUCCAUAUUAACAGGGCGGGACUUCAUAAUGUCACCGUUAUAAUCAAAGUGGAAUAAAUAAAAACGUUGAACAAUAACAAAUAUAGCAUCGUAUACUGUGUAGAGUUUAAACAAUAUGUUACAUGUUAUGUAGUUUUUUGUGAUCCUUUAUGUCAUCGUCACAGGAGAAAGAGGUGUAUGUACACAAUAUUCCCCUCAAAUAAUUUAGCUACGCUGUAGUUGGUCAUUUGACACUUCGCGAAUCGUCAAAUAGGUUGAUGUCGUGUACAGCGUCAGCUAGGCGUAGGCGAAGUGGCUGAGGGCGACUGGGCGUACUCACGCACAUACAUACAAAGAAGUAGUAUAGCUGCGGCACUUACGGUUGACAGCUGGCUUUCAAAUCUCAUAGUGUUAAAAAGCAGUUACAGUACAUUUUAAACUAAAGGAAAGCCCGCAGUGAUUUUUGAGUUUUUUACUUUGCAAUGAAAACAAUAGGUAUAAUUGAAUAGGUACAAAGUACCAAAUUUUGGUUUCAAUUUAUAUUUUGUAGUGACAUACAAAGAGUUGAAAGAGUAAUCAAUAAAACCAUGACUACUACUGUCGAUGGGCACACAGUAGCCUUAUUAAGCUUAUUAUGCAUUUUAUUUAAUAACCAUUCUUUCAUUAUGAUUGUGAUAAAGUACAGUUUAAAAUUAGCAGAGCUUUUGUUUAAUAUGGUGUCUUUAUUUAUAGACCUUAAUGUAGUAAGUAAACGUAUAUUUGUCUCUAUUAUGUUUUCAUAACAAAACUAAAGAAUUUCGAUUUUGUAUGUACGAAAUGGAUGAGGUAUUUGUGACACUAUAUUUUGUAUUCUCAAAGCAUAUUUCAUUUUCAUUGAAUAAAAUUAUAGAAAUCAUCCACGUGGCUACAUUAUGAAUUUUCGUUAACAAUGUCUCUUCCCCCUUUGAGGAUUUCUUUAAGGUACAUUUUGAAAGCUAGCUGCUGACUGCAACUGUCAAUCGCACGUGCCGUGACUGCACGAAAUCAGCCGGUUGCAUGUAUUUACAUGAAACCGUUUUGGAUCGAAGCAGCAGCAGCAUGUGCAGUCGCUCUCAGAUAGCGACCGAGUGUCUGCAGUCGAAGCAAAUGCGGUCGGCAGCUAGCAUUCAAAACUCACCUUUAGUAGAAAUCGCUAUUAGCAAAAUUUUGAACAAAAUCUUAGAAUUAAAGGUAGCAUAUAAUAUAAUUAAAUACAAAGAUUUAAAGCGUGAUAUGUAUUUGAUUUAUGAUUGACUAGACAUUAUUAUAAUGUGACUUAAAACUUUGUAUAUUUCAUGUCGCACAUAUACAUAUUUAUAGAUUUGGGGGAUCGUAACGAGGAAAAUUAAAAUAAUAUCUGACUUUAUUUACCUUUAAUUCUGAGGUUAUGUACUUAAUUGAUUGAGAUAUAUUCAAAACAAAAAUACUGGCACUAAUCGAUUUAUUAUCUCGUUCUGCCUUCCAUAAAAAAACUAAAUCGAUUUUUUUAUGUAAGAACUACUGAGUUUUAAAGUCAAAGUCAAAUCGUUUAUUUCAUUUAGGCCUUUACAAGCACUUAUGAACGUCAAAAUUAUAACUAAGUUUGAUUUUAGUUCGGGGCUUAGUUAAAACAGAAUCAAACUUGUGACAGUUACUGCAGAGUACAGAGUACUGCAGUACAGACACGCUUCUAAAAACCUUUGUCGGUGGCUUAUCUUAAAUACUUCACUGAUUUAUUAUACUUGACGGAUCUGUUACAUAAUGAGGCAGAUCAUUCCUAUUGUGGCGUGGUUGUUUUUCCUUGACCAAGAAAAUGUUUUUUCUUUUUUAUAAUGCAAAUUUUGUUGGGUAUUUUUUCAAAACAGUAUUCUAAACAAGAUUCAACUUUCUUUAGAGAGCUCUUUAUUUUUUCCGUAUAGUAGUCUUAAUUUCUUAUAGUAUUACCACACAGAUUGUUGUAUUACUUAGUUGCCCUCCCGCUCAUAUUAUUCCCAAGCUUAUGUUAUUCCCGAGUCUAAAACUAAAAUCAAGGCCAGGAAACAUCUUGACUAUAUAGAAUAUUUUUUUACGCUGUGAGGAACCUUGAAUCUCGCUCUUUCAUAGCUACUUUGAAAAAUUACCUAUAUUAACGUGCGCUCCAAUAUUACUUAUUUUUUUAAUUAUGUUUGUGAUAUCUGACAAGGUGACUCUUCUAGAUUUAUUGAAUUGGAAAUAAAAAAAAUAGACCACUAUGUGUAAAGUACAUUAAUUGGUAUAUAAAAUAUAACUAGUUUCUGCGUUCUUCGCUAAUAUUUGUAAUUUUUAUUGAAGAAAACGAAAAUGUAAAUAUUUAUAUUAUUCGUGGCUAAAGCUCAACUCACACUGGCGCUGUGUUGAAGUGAAUCUAAGCGUCAAUCUGACAAAAGUAAAUCUGAGCAUAUCACUCAUCUAUUUCGGAAGGAAUUUAUGUCCAUUACGUUAUGGAGCCGUUCACGAAGUUUCAGACUGACACUUUUUGAUUCGCUUCAACUCUCGAGUGUUCGUUGAUGAAUGUAGGUAAGCCAGUAGAAUAGAUCUUAAUGUGUUUGUUUUAUUUGCUUGAUGUAAAGUUAAUCGGAUGGUCGGCAGGCAGGCCCUCCGAUCUGACCAGCUACUGCAGCUAAACUGUUAAAAGUAAGAAUUAUAAAACCAUCAUUUUAGUA